AUGGAGCAGGUCCACGGAGUUGAUGUCAGUUGGAUGACACAGGCCUCCCCCAAGGACAAAAUUCUUAAGAAAACCCCAUCCGCCAGCGAUUCUCCACUGCCCCAACAGAUCCCCCGAACACCAGCAACGAACCCCUCGAAUUCACCGGCAUCGACUGAAUCCAAGGCCAAUGGCUCGUUGGGCACGUCGCCGUCACCAAACGGCGCGGGGAAUGCAAGGAGGAAAACUCGUUCGGGUUCGGUAGAUAAGAGCAAUGGCCCAACUGGGCCGCCUCACCGGCGGAACUCUUGGUUCUCCAACAUAUCUGCCAAGUUCUCCGGGUCUUCUGCUCAGGCUGGGAACACCGCCCCGGCCAGUACGAAUGCCCCGAUUCCGGAGAAGGAGGACGACUCGAUUGCACAACCACCACCGCCGCCUGUAACCCACUCGAGAGUUCCUCCAGCCGGUGGAUCAAGGAAUCCGGUUCUUCCACCGGCUGCGAGGUCGGAAGGAAAUGGGCCAUAUACUCCAGCUCCGCCGAAGAACAGCCAAGCUGGCUUCUUGGGAGUAUUCCGGAGGCUGUCGUCCUCGUCUGGCGGAUCUCUCGGCACAGGAGCCAAACUAGGGCACGGUCUUGUCGAACGCAGGGUGUUGAACGUGGACCAUCACCGCGAAAGAUGUCCCAUUUCAGAGCUGAAUAGUGCCAAGUUACGGAGGGUUUCUUUCUGUGUGGAUGUCGAGAUUGCACCCAUGCCUAAGUACUCCGACGGAGAGACACAGGCUAAGGCUCCCGUGAGUGCUGCGCAGAAGAAGAAGAUAACGGAGUCGGGUGAAGGAGAGGCCCUGAAAAACCCCAAAGCUGUAGAGGAAGCAAAGGAGGCCAACGGAAAAGUCCCCACGCCAGCCGAGAGCGUGGUCAGUAAUGGUAACAAACCCUCGGACAGCCCCAAACCAGACUUGGACAUCAUCGACGAGUCCACUCCUAUAUCGGACGCCGUAAAACCAGAGCCUGAAAAGGAGACCACCCGAAAGAAAGAAAAGAAAAAGAAGAGCGAGGAAGAGCGCAAAGCUAGGAAAGAAAAGAAGCGCAAACUCGCCGAAGCCAAUGGAACCAUUCCCAUGGAGAUUCGCUAUGAUAGCAGCGAUUCGUCUACCGAGCCCGGUAGCACACUCAACGGGAUAGUUAAAACAACAUCAAUACCGACAACAAAUCCGGUCAGGAUAUACCGUAGAUGUUGCCAGCUACGGGAGACACCCAUUCUAAAGAAGAUAACUGAGCAGCUAAUCAACGCCACUCCCUCCGCGCAGCUAGGCGUCGUGAAUAAGCUAGAUCUGACAGGCUACACUAUGCAGUUGGAAGAUCUCGUCACGCUUGGGGACUAUUUUGCAGUUGUGCCAGUACGAGAGGUUAUUUUGGAGAACUGCAACCUCGGAGACGAGGGUCUGAGGGCAAUUUUGGCCGGUCUUCUCGCUGCGAAGGUUCCUGAUUAUAGGCGGCGGAAGCAGAAACAAGACCUGCAGGAACAAGGUGGUGUCGUCGAGCGCCUGGUUUUGAAGGACAACAAUAUUGGCCCCGAUGGGUGGAAACAUCUCUGCCUAUUCAUCUACCUUUGCCGUUCAUUGAAGUUUCUAGACGUCUCGAACCUCCAACUACCCCGGCAAGGAUCUACACAGCAGAAUGGGCAAGCCAUCAACGGGCAUCAAAUUCCCAAAGGCAUUUCCGAGGUCUUAUCGAAGUCAUUAGGUGAGAGGCUAGGCGGAUCUACGCUUGAGCUCAUCAAUCUCGGAGGCACAGAGCCAACAACAGAGCAACUUGGUGUGAUUAUCGAUGGUCUUGUACAGUGCGGCGUCCGAAGGCUUGGUUUGGCUAAUAACCAUAUCGACGAACAAGGAGUGUCACACAUCGCGCGUUACCUCGCCGCCAGGAAAUGCGAAGGCUUGGAUCUUAGUGGGAAUGAUCUGAAAGACCAUAUGGAACAGAUCAUAGCGCCGAUUCAGGAAACCGACCCAUUGUGGGCUCUCAGCCUAUCUGGCUGCAGCCUCAACCCUUCGUCACUCUGCAAGAUUAUGCCUACCUUGAUGAAGCUAGAAAGUUUCCGGUUUAUAGACCUAUCGCAUAACCAGGACCUUUUCCAAUCAACCCCCAGCGCUGUGGGUUUAUUGAGAAGGUACCUGCCCAAGAUGAAACCAUUAAAACGCAUUCAUCUCCAGGAUGUAGCCAUGACUUCUGAACAAGCUAUUGCGCUGGUGGAAAUUUUGCCCGAAAUCCAUCAAUUAGCACAUAUUAAUCUCCUUGACAACCCUGAAUUGGUGGCGCUGGCAGAUGCCAGGACUGAGGAGGCCCAAGAAGAGGCAUGCGCCCUGUAUGCAUCAUUAUUAGCAGCCUGUCGAGUUUCGGAGAGCAUCAUCUGCGUUGACAUUGAGGUUCCGAGCGAACAGUCCGGCGAGAUUGUCAAGGCCAUGGCCAAGCAAGUGGUGGCCUACUGCCUCCGAAACAUGGAGCGUAUACCCGAUCACGAUGUGGGCGCGGCCAUAAGUCUGGCGCUCAACGAAACUCAACGUGAAAGGGGCGAAUCCAAAUCCUCAGCGUACCCGGAUGUACUUGUCCAUCUGGUCGGACACGACGUUCUCGAUGAAAGCGAGAGUGUCGAUGACGAUGGCUCUGCCCCUGAUGAUGAUUAUGUCAUUGGAGGCACUGGCCUCGUGAAAGCCCUGACAUGCUGUCUCGAAAAUCGCGGCGAUGCGUCGAGCGGGCAGUAUGGAGAAUUUAUUGGCGAACUUGAAGAGGAGGAAGCAGGGGGCUCCAAGCUUGCGGCUGGCAGAAAGGCCAAGGACAUGUCGAAGCAUCUGCUGGCUGGCGCCCGCAAGAUCCGCAUGCGCCUCCAGCCCGCUCUCACCAGGGCAAGAGCACACCACCCACGUGAUGAACAGAAUUUGCGCAAGCUCGUCUUCCUAGACGACACUCUUCAGGGUAUCAUCAAGCGAUUUGAGGAUGAGUACCCGGACACUAGAGAGCCAAUUGAGACACUGGGAGAAACGGCAGCAUCCUCAAAGAGUCAUGUGGAAAUACUAUCAGCAUCUCCUCCAGGGGCUGAAGACAAGGGUGCCAUAUCUGAUGGCGAAGAUGAGUCAAAGAUCCAACCACCAAGACCUCUGUCUCGAUCAAACUCUGUGCUCUCCAAAUUACUCGCAGAAGAGGAGGCGCAGGUUCUGCGUGUCGGCCACCGGUUCCGAUCUGGCCUCUUUACGCAGGAACAGAUGGAUGUUCUGAGCACAGUUGAUGAUAUUGGAAAUGACCCCAAGCAUAUAACACUCCUUACGGGAGUUGCUGAGGAUGUUGGAGGUGAGCUCCUCGAACUGGUCAAGCAGAAAGGUGUUAUCCGCGCGUUCAAGGAAGAUCGGGAUAUCGUCUUCAAGUGCAUGCAAGAACACGAUCCAGAUCACUGGGACAGCUUCGUCGAAUCUCAACGAAAGGCUCGUGCCAACAUCACAGUACCUACAAGCGACACUAAGCCGACGGUUGAAACUCAGCUCGCAGAUGAAAGCGCCAUCAUCGACUGA